AUGGGGCUCAAGACCUACUCCCUGGGUCUAUCGCUCGCCCUUUUGUUGAGCUGUUCGGCUCACGCCGAGAACAUCACGAGUGAUACCCACUUCUACGGACAGUCUCCACCUGUUUAUCCUUCGCCUGAGGGAACAGGCUCUGGUAACUGGGAAGCUUCCUAUCAGAAAGCCAAGGAGUUUGUCGGCAAACUAUCUGCUGAGGAGAAGGUUAAUUUGACCGCCGGUGUCUCUGUCAAUAAUGGAUGCUCGGGGAAUAUUGCGCCUAUUGAGCGCCUCGGUUUCCCUGGUUUCUGCGUUUCCGACGCCGGGAAUGGACUGAGAGGAACCGACUACGUAAACAGCUGGCCGAGUGGACUUCAUGUUGGAGCUAGUUGGAAUAAAGAUCUCGCAAAGAAACGUGGCGCACACAUGGGCGCUGAGUUUCGCAGAAAGGGCGUGAACUUACUCCUAGGUCCUGUGGUCGGUCCACUGGGUCGCAUUGCUGAGGGUGGCCGCAAUUGGGAAGGCUUCUCCGAUGACCCGUAUCUUACCGGUAGUUUGGUCUAUGAUACUAUCCAAGGUAUCCAGUCAGCGGGGGUUGGGGCUUCGACUAAGCAUUAUAUUGGGAAUGAGCAAGAGACAAAUCGGAACCCCGGAUCGAAUGAGCAGGGAGAGUAUACGGAGGCAGUGUCGUCGAAUAUCGAUGAUAAGACUAUGCAUGAGCUUUACCUCUGGCCAUUCCAGGAUGCCGUGCUAGCUGGAAGUGCUUCCAUCAUGUGCUCUUAUCAACGCAUUAACAACUCGUACGGUUGCCAGAAUAGCAAAACUCUCAAUGGGCUUUUGAAGACUGAGCUAGGCUUCCAGGGGUACGUUGUUACCGAUUGGGGUGCUCAGCAUGCCGGUAUUGCUGGAGCCAAUGCUGGCUUGGAUAUGGUCAUGCCCGCAUCACAGACGUGGGGUGAUAACCUCACGGUCGCAAUCAAGAAUGGCUCUAUGGAAGCAUCUAGGCUGGAUGAUAUGGCCACUCGGAUUAUUGCGACCUGGUACCAACUCAACCAAGUCGAAGGCAUCCAGAACCCGGGAAUCGGAAUGCCAACUGAUAUCACCGCGCCACACAAGCGGGUGAUCGGCAAAUCCCCAGACUCAAAGCCAAUCCUUCUCCAAGGAGCUAUCGAAGGACAUGUUCUAGUCAAGAACAACGACAACGCCCUCCCUCUGAAAUCUCCUAAGAUGGUUUCGGUAUUCGGAUAUGACGCUGCCGCCUCCGAUUUCCUCGAAGUCUCGCUCGCACCACAGCAAGACAGCCCUCCCACCCUCUAUGUCGCCGGAGGCUCUGGUGCCAACUCUGCAGCAUACAUCGACGCUCCAAUCGACGCGAUCCAGCGUCAGGCUUAUGAAUAUGACACUUCCGUCAUGUACAACUUCUACGAUCAGAAUCCAGACGUGGAUGCCAGUUCUGAUGUCUGCAUUGUUCUUGUCAAUAAUUAUGCGACUGAGGGCUUUGAUCGUCCCGAACUGAGCGACGAGUACAGCGAUACGCUCAUCACGAACGUGGCAAGUAAAUGCGCCAACACGGUGGUUAUCAUUCAUAAUGCUGGCAUUCGUGUCGUUGAUAAUUGGAUCGAGAACGAUAACGUCACUGCGGUCAUUUUUGCCCAUCUUCCCGGUCAGGAUACGGGUCGUGCUCUGGUGGAUAUUCUUUACGGUCGCGCUAAUCCCUCCGGCCGUCUUCCUUAUACUGUCGCCAAGAAGGCGUCCGACUAUGGUGAUAUUCUCUCGCCCGCGCAGCCGGAGGGUGAUUACUGGCUUUUCCCUCAGGCGGACUUUACUGAGGGUCAGUUUAUCGAUUAUCGGGCCUUUGAUAAGAAGGGCGUCUCUCCACGCUUCGAGUUUGGAUACGGAUUGUCUUACACGAAUUUCAAGUACUCUGGUCUGCAGACUAAGAAGUCGGGUAAAUCCACUCCAAAGUAUCCUCCAUCUGCAGAUAUUGUCGAAGGCGGAAACCCGCAUUUGUGGGACGAGUUGAUGACCAUUACUGCUAAGGUGCAGAAUGCUGGUAGCGUGGAUGGUGAUGAGGUUGCCCAGCUUUAUCUUGGAAUUCCUGGGGGGUCCUGUCCGCCAACUUCGUGGCUUUGA